UUGAAAUUGGCUAAGUAUUUGGAAAUAUAUUUCACGGCCUUAUAAAUAGUCAAAUGUUUAAAAUUAGUUAUAUCUAAGUACGCACAAAAAAUUUCCAACAUUUUUACUUCUUUAAUUAAGAUAUAUAAGAACAAAAUAUAGGCUGGAUAUAUAUAUGUGAUUCAUAAGCUUUCCUUGUAUAGUAUAUGAGAAAUCUCGUACUGGUAGUUUAUAUUCUUAUACGAUAUUUGACAGUAUCGUCCUCUAAUAUAAAUGAUGACCAAAGAAUGAAGAAGAAUAAUACAUUUUUUAAUAUUCUAAGAAUUUUACUAUUCAUAAGGAAUAGCUUUUCAUUUUCAUUUUUUUUAUUUCUUUUAUUGAGAAAUAUAGAACAAAUUUGUUCGUUACUAAAUAUGAUAAGAAAUUAUUAUUCUUUAGCAUUUCUAUAAUUUUAUUCUUUUUCAUUCUUUUCGUAUCUAUUCUUAAUGUUCUUUUGAUAGUUACCAGUUAGACCCAAUCUCUUAGUGUCAUAGUUACACCAUGGUAAUAUGUUCUAUAAAGCUUUUUAGAUCCAGUUUUUGUUCUCUUUAAAAUUUUAUUCACAUAUGAUAGCGAGAGAGAAGAGCUGUUGAGGGUUGUCUCACGCACCAUCCACUGUCGUUAUAUGGCGAAUGGAUUGGGUCCACUGACGUCUGUAGUUAGCAUAUUUUUUUUCUUUCUAAAAAUUAAUUUACGUAUUCAAAAAGAGAAUAAUAAAUUGUUCUGUAUAGGAGUGUCUACAGUCGGCAGCCAAUGUUUUUUUUUUAAAUAGUUUCAUUCAAAUGCGUAACAAACAAACAAUUUUUUUCAGCAAACAAUAUUUUAUUUAUAUAAUAUAUAUAGUUUUUAGCAUCCUAUGUACCGUAUAAAAUAUCAUACAUAAAAUAAAAAUUACACCAAACUAACCAAGCCAAGAUUGAUUUAAUCUGUUUGCUAGCUAUGGAGUUCGGUGAGAGUUUUAUUUAUUUAUUUGUUACUACCCUAGCACUCGUUUCACUUGUCACUAUCACCUCCUCUCAUCUAUUACCUCACAUAAAUUUCUCUGUUUUUAAUUGUCUAUUAAAAAUUAACAACAAUUAAUCUAAAAUCAGAAAUAUCCCGUUUUUAGGGCUUUAUUCAGAUAAGAAAUCAGUGGAAGUCAAAAAAGAAUUUAAUGUUUCGAGUUUCUUCUCUCUAGAUUCAUUUUUUUUUCUCUCUCUCUCUCUCUCUCUCUCUCACCAUCACACAUAACACAGAAGAAUCCAUGGCUGCUUCUUCAUCCUCUAAUGCUUCCUUCUUUGGAGUUCGAGAAGAAGAUCAAACUCACCUUCUUCCUCCGAAUCCCUCCGCGGCCGUCGCUCCUCCUCCUCACCACCAGCCACCGCAGUCUCAGCAACCUCUUGAAGCUCCACCGCAGAAAAAGAAGAGAAAUCAACCAAGAACUCCAAAUUCCGAUGCAGAAGUGAUCGCUUUAUCUCCAAAGACACUAAUGGCUACAAAUAGAUUCAUAUGCGAAGUAUGCAACAAAGGUUUUCAGAGAGAACAGAAUCUACAACUUCAUCGAAGAGGACACAAUCUCCCAUGGAAACUUAAGCAGAAGUCGACCAAAGAGGUGAAGAGGAAAGUGUAUCUUUGUCCGGAGCCCACGUGCGUCCACCAUGAUCCGUCACGUGCUCUCGGAGACCUCACCGGAAUCAAGAAACAUUAUUACCGUAAACACGGUGAAAAGAAGUGGAAAUGCGAGAAAUGUUCUAAGCGUUACGCUGUUCAAUCGGAUUGGAAAGCUCACUCCAAGACUUGUGGUACCAAAGAAUAUCGUUGCGACUGUGGUACACUCUUCUCCCGGCGAGAUAGUUUCAUUACACAUAGAGCCUUCUGUGACGCGUUGGCUCAAGAGAGUGCGAGACACCCAACUUCUUUGACUUCUUUACCAAGUCAUCACUUCCCGUACGGACAAAACACCAACUCCAACAACAACAGUUCAAGCAUGAUGCUUGGUUUGUCCCACACGGGGCCCCCACAGAAUCUUGAUCAUCACUCUGGCGACGUUCUCCGACUUGGAAGCGGCGAAGGAGUAGGUGAAGGAGCCGCCUCACGCUCUUCAUCUGAUCUCAUUGCUGCAAAUUCUUCAGGUUACUUCAUGCAAGACCAAAACCAUAGCUUUCAUGAUCAACAACAAGGAUUUUUGGCUGCAAGCAAUAACAUCAAGCCAUCACCAAUGAAUUUUCAACAGAGUCUGAUGCAGUUCUCGCAUGAUAGCCAUAACUCUCCUUCCUCCAAUCUCUUCAAUCUCAGUUUCCUCUCUGGAAACAACGGAGUUGCUUCUGCUACAAGCAACCAUAAUGCUGCUGCUGUUUCUUCCGGUAAUCUUAUGAUCUCGAACCAUUUUGAUGGCGAAAAUGCUAUUGGAGGCGGAGGAGGAGGGGAAGGAAGCACGGGUCUCUUUCCUAACAAUAUGAUUAACUCGACGGACAGAACAAGCUCAGGAGCAGUGCCUUCACUCUUUAGCUCAUCAAUGCAAAAUCCCAUAUCAACACCUCAAAUGUCAGCCACUGCUCUUCUUCAAAAAGCUGCUCAAAUGGGUUCAACCUCAAGCAACAACAACAACAACAACAACAACAACGGAAGCAGCAACAAUAAUAAUAACAAUGCCUCAUCCAUUCUAAGAAACUUUGGGAGUGGAAUGUACGGAGAAAACGAGAGUAAUCUCUACGAUUUGAUGAACUCUUUCUCUAACCCCGAUCCAACGGGAAACAACUCUAAUGGAGUAAAUUCUCCGUUUGGUUCGUACAGAGGAGUGAACAAGGGAUUAAACGCUGAUAAACAAAGCUUGACUAGAGACUUUCUUGGAGUUGGACAGAUCGUAAGAAGCAUGAGUGGAAGCGGAGGGGUUCAACAACAGCAACAACAACAUGGGAAUAGUAGAGAAAGAGUUGGCUCUUCGUCGGAUUCUGUCGAUAGAAACAGCAACACUUUUAAUCCUGGUGGUGGUCCGGCAACUUCACCACCGUAUGGAAUCCAUCAUGCUAGUUUCUAGCUAAGAGAAUUUUUUUAAAAAGGUUUCUAUUCAUCGACAUAGAUGCUAUCUUUUUCAGGUACGCAUGUCGUCAUCAAAAUCGGCAAUUAUAGUUUUGUUGCAAGUCUCUUGAUACUUAAGUUUAUCAGCAAAAAAUAGUUGCAAUUUAUCUAAACUCAGCUCCUUUUUCUCUCUUGUAAAAGAUUUUGCGUUUAUAGUUUGUAAAAAUGGAUUCAUGACUCUUAAAAAUAAUUGCAGAUGAGUUUAUGCCUUUAUGGUUUGAGAAUGUAUAAUUUUAUUGUUUUGUUUU